AUGUCUCGAUCUCGCCAUGCAAGACCUUCCAAAUUAGUCAGGAGGGAAGAUCUAAACAAGAAGAAAAACAACCAGCUGAAGAAGGGAUCUAAGCCAGCCAACAGAAAUGUGGCGACUGUCAAGACUGUGAGCCCUGGAAAAUUGAAGCAAUUCGUGCAAGAAAGAGAUGUUAAGAAAAAAACAGAACCCAAACUGACUGUGCCAGUCAGAAGCCUUCUGACAAGAGCUGGAGCAGCACGAAUGAAUUUGGAUAGGACCGAGGUUCUUUUUCAGAACCCAGAGUCCUUAACUUGCAAUGGAUUUACAAUGGCUCUGCGAAGUACCUCUCUUAGCAGACGACUCUCCCAACCCCCAGUGGUCAUAGCCAGACCCAAGAAAGUUCCACCACCUAAGAAUCCAGGAAAGCAACAUGAGUGUGAUUAUAAGGUACUUACAGACAUGGGAGUAAAGCACUCAGAAAAUGAUUCAGUCCCAAUGCAAGACCCCCCAGUCCCCCCUGAUAUAGAGAAGCUAAUUGGCAUAAAAAAUGCAUCUUUCAUUAAAGACAAGAGCCAAGAGACAACCCAGUCUUGGUCCCAAGGUGUCGAGGAUUCCAAAAUAAUUUGCUCUACUCCUAGUGACCCUGCAGCAGAGAUUCUUUCUGGGUCACUGGAAGGGACAUGUGGUGGAGAAGGACUAUUCUCUAGAGAGACAUUGAAUAAUAUCAGUGAUUCCCCUAGAAUGUUUGCUCAGGACACUGUCUGUGUUCCUUUGCUCCAAAGAGCAGCCCUCAAGGUUACCUCUGAAGGAAACCCCAGCAUUCAGUUAGAAGAUUUGGGUUCACGAGUAGAAUCUCUUAAGCUGUCUGAUUCUUACCUGGAUCCCAUCAAAAGUGAACAUGGUUGCUGCCCCACCUCCAGCUUUAAUAAGGUUGUACCUGCAUUGGACCUUAGAAACUGUUUGUCUAUUGGUGGGUCAAUAUAUCCUACCUCAUUAAUAAAACUCUUCUUGGCAGGUUCAGAACAAGAAACCCUUGGUGCUAAACCAGAUCAUCAAGAGGUACUCAAAGCUACCCCAGAUCAACAGGAAGUUCCUGAUACCACCCCUGUCCUAGGACAGGCCGUUAGUGCUGUCCCACAUCAAUGGGAAGUUCCUGGUGCUAACCCAGUUCAUGGAGAGCCUUUGGGUGAGACUCUAGACCCACCAGAGAUUCCUGGUGCUAUUCCAGUCCAAGGAGAGGUCUUUGGUGCUAUCUUAAAUCAACAAGUCCUUGGUAUGGGUAGUGGUACUGCCUCAGACCCACCUAUCUUUCUUCCUGCCCCUCAUAACCCAGUUGCUACCUGUAAUGCUCUCCCAGCAUGGCCCAAGCCCCAGGGCACCGUUUCAUCUGGGCUUGAGGUCCCAGACACUAUGCAGAUUUUGCCUGCGGGCUCAGGUCACACUCCUCAACCGUCAUCAAACUCAGAGAUAAUUUUGGUACCUCCUGUAAUACCUAUGAACAAUAUAGAAAAUGAGAAGAAGGUUCAUAUAAGCUUUCUGCCAGCUCACACUCAGGGGUUCACAUUAGCCCCUGAGAGAGGACUCCAGCCGGUUCCACAGGGCAUUGCCCAGCUCUCCCUGGUGAGUCCCAGCACAUUGGAAGGAGGGAGCUCCCAGGUCAGCGCCACCAGCAUGGUUGACAUCAACACCACAGUGGUGUCUAGGCCAGUGCCACUCGCUAGUACCUCUUCUCCUUCCUACACAACUCUGCUACCUACCUUGGAAAAGAAGAAACGAAAGCGAUGUGGGGUCUGUGAGCCCUGCCAGCAGAAGACCAAUUGUGGUGAAUGUACUUACUGUAAGAAUAGAAAGAACAGCCAUCAGAUCUGUAAGAAGAGGAAAUGUGAGGAACUGAAAAAGAAGCCAUCCGUCAUUGUGUCUUUGGAGGUUGUAAAGGAAAACAAGAGGCCCCAGAGGGAAAAGAAGCCCAAAGUUUUAAAGGCAGAUUUUGACAACAAACUGGUAAAUGGCCCCAAGUCAGAAUCCAUGGAAUACAGUAGUUGUGCUCAUGAGGAAGAACAGAGAUUGGAAUUGAAUUCAUGUCCCUUAGAAAAUGUAACUAAAAAUGAAGAAAGUAUGACAGGUAUUGAAGUGGAGAAUUGGACACAAAACAAGAAAUCACACUUAACUGAUCAUGUCAAAGGAGAAUUUAGUACAAUUAAAACCGAAGUUGAAAAUUUGAAAAACUCUGAAGAUGACAGGAAAAAAAUUCUACUUACUGACCUCCUUGAACCUCAAAAAUUGUUUGCACAAACUGUAAGAAAUGGCAUUAAAAAUGUACACUAUUUACCAACUGAAACAAAUUUGUCUUUUAAAAAAAUCAACAUUGAAGAACUUGGCAAGGCAUUUGAAAGCAAUCCUUAUAAAUUCCUGAAAGACACCGCAAACCAUAACAAUGUCAUGAGCACCAUUGCUACUAGUGGGAGCUGUGAUCAUCUCAAGGGGAAGAGUAAUGUUUUGGUUAUUCAGAAGCCUGGCUUUAAUUGUAAGUCUUUCCCAGAUCCUGUGAACUGCAACUCAAAUAGUCAUAUGAGUAUACACAAUGAAAGUGAUCAACCAAAAUCCCUAGAAAUUAUAGCAAAUAGAGAACUAAAAGAAGGAUCAACACUUCAACCAAGUCUCCUCUCCCUAAUGAAAGAUAGGAGAUUAACACUAGAACAAGUGGUGGCAAUAGAAGCUCUCACACAACUGUCAGAAGCCCCAUCAGAAAAUUCCUCUCCAUCCAAGUCAGAGAAGGAUGAAGAAACAGAACAGAGAACAGCUAGCUUGCUUAACAGCUGUAAAGCUAUUCUGUAUUCUGUGAGAAAAGACCUCCAAGACCCAAACUUAAAAGGGGAGCCUCAGAGCCUUCAUCACUGUCGGUCUUUGGAAAAGCAAAGCUCAUGCAACGCUGUAGUGUUCAAUGGCCAAAAUAUCAUUUCUAAGUCACACAACAGCUCACCUAGUGACCAAGCAUCCACAAAGGCACAGGAAAGUUCAACGGUCACAAAUUCAAUAUCACUUGUUAUACCAAAUUCAAAUUCAUCUAAAACUGAUACCAAUAAAAAUAUUGCUCAAGGUAGGAUUACUCUCGACAGUUCUAGGAAUUUGCAGCAGUUGACCACAAUAACUAGCAAAUCAGAGUAUUGUAACCAGUCACUAGACAACAGCAUCAAGUUGGAUUCAAAGGAUGAUUCAUCAUGUCAAGAUUCAGUUCAUAGUAAAAUAGAAGAAGAUGUUGCCGCACAGUUAACACAACUUGCAUCAAUGAUUAAAUUCAAUUAUGUGAAACCAGAGGACAAAAAAGUUGAAAGUACACCAACAAGCCUUGUUGCAUAUAAUGUACAGCAAAAGUAUAACCAGGAGAUGGGCACACCACCACAGAAACCUCCUUCCAAUGUACAAAAUAAUCAAGGCUCAUCAGUAACAAAGCAAAAGAACACAAUCCAGAAAAAGACAAAAUCUACUCCAUCAAGAGAUAGACGGAAAAAAAAGCACAUGGUCAUAAGUUGUCAAGAAAAUGACCAGAAAAAGCAGGAACAGUUGUCAUAUGAGUAUAGUAAAUUACAUGACAUUUGGAUAGCAUCUAAAUUUCAAAGAUUUGGUCAAUUUGGUCCACAUGAUUUUCCCAUUCUAUUGGGAAAAAUUCCUCCCCUAACUAAAGUAUGGAAACCACUGACUCAAACAAGUUCAGCAUUAGAACACAAAAAGUUAUUUCCUCCACUCACUCAGAUAAAAUUUGAGAGAUAUUAUCCUGAAUUAGCACAGGAAAAGAUGAAGGUUGAACCCUUGGAUUCUAUCCCCAUAAUCCAGUUAAAAACAGAAUCCAAUGGGCAGGCAUUUACAGAAAAUGCGUAUACUCAGGUACAGCCAACAGUGAAUGUUAAUCAGAAAGCUCAUCCUUUACUCCAGCCAGCCUCUCCAACCAACCAGUGUGCUAAUGUCCUGGAUGGCAGUGACCAAAGACAGUUCCAAGAGGAUGUUAAAGACCAACUCAUGCAUCAGAGACUGCCAACAUCUCCUGGUAUCUCUCAUGAGACCCCUUUACCAGACCCAGCACAAAUUCUCAGGAACCUAAAUGUAGUAUGUUCAGGUGGAAUUACAGUGGUUUCUACCAAAAAUGAAGAGGACGUCUGCUCAUCUAGUGUUGGAACAUCCGAAUUUCCCCCAAUAAACAGUGCACAGAAAACUUUUAAUGAUUAUGCGAUGAACUUCUUUACCAAUCCUACGAAAACCCUUGUGUCCACAACGAAAGAUUCUGAAUUGCCUACUUGCAACUGUCUUGAUCGAGUUAUACAAAAAGACAAAGGCCCAUAUUAUACACACCUUGGGGCAGGACCAAGUGUUGCUGCUGUCAGGGAAAUCAUGGAGAAUAGGUAUGGUCAAAAAGGAAAUGCAAUAAGGAUAGAAAUAGUAGUAUACACGGGGAAAGAAGGAAAAAGCUCUAAUGGGUGUCCAGUUGCUAAGUGGGUUUUAAGAAGAAGCAGCGAUGAAGAGAAAGUUCUUUGUCUGGUUCGACAGCGCACAGGCCACCACUGUCCAACAGCUGUGAUGGUGGUGCUCAUCAUGGUAUGGGACGGCAUUCCUCUCCCGAUGGCUGACAAACUGUAUUCACAGCUUACCGAGAGUCUCAAGUCAUACAAUGGUCAUCCCACAGACCGAAGAUGCACGCUCAAUGAAAAUCGUACCUGUACAUGUCAAGGAAUUGAUCCAGAGACUUGUGGAGCUUCCUUCUCUUUUGGCUGUUCAUGGAGUAUGUAUUUCAAUGGCUGCAAAUUUGGUAGAAGCCCAAGUCCUAGAAGAUUUAGAAUUGAUCCAAGUUCUCCCUUACACCACUACUAUGAAAGAAUUACUAAAGGACGUAAUCCAGAAAGAAGAUAUAUGAAACCGGAACCAAUCUGUCCGGAACACGAGGCCAUGGAAAAAAACCUUGAAGAUAAUUUACAGAGUUUGGCUACAGAAUUAGCUCCAAUUUAUAAGCAGUAUGCUCCAGCUGCUUAUCAAAACCAGGUGGCGCUUGAACAUAUUGCCCGAGAAUGUCGGCUUGGGAAGAAAGAAGGUCGUCCUUUCUCUGGGGUCACUGCUUGCCUAGACUUCUGUGCCCAUCCCCACAGGGACAUUCACAACAUGAAUAAUGGGAGCACAGUGGUCUGCACUUUAACACGAGAAGAUAACCGCUCAUUUGGUGUUAUUCCUCAAGAUGAGCAGCUGCAUGUGCUUCCUCUUUAUAAACUUUCAGACACAGAUGAGUUUGGAUCAAGGGAAGGAAUGGAAGCCAAGAUCAAAUCUGGGGCCAUCAUGGUCCUUGCACCCCGCCAGAAAAAAAGAAUGCGAUUUACUCAACCCGUUCCUCGUUCUGGGAAGAAGAGAGCAGCAAUGAUGACAGAGGUUCUGGCACAUAAGAUAAGGGCUGUGGAAAAGAAAUUUAUUCCUCGAAUCAAGCGGAAGAAUAAUUCAAUGACAAACAAUAGUAAGGCUUCAUCAAUGCCCCUUUUAGGAAAUAAAACAGAGACUGUGCAACCUGAAAUAAAAAGUGAAACUGAACCCCAUCUUAUCUUCAAAGGUUCGGACAACACUAAAAGCUACUCACCAGCCCCGUUCAUUCCUCACCCAGUGAAAGAGGAAAACUUAGCUCCAGCCUUCUCCUGGUCCUCUAAGACUGCUUUGGUCACAACAGCUCCUUUUAAGAAUGAUGCUUCACUUUCGUAUGGGUUUUCAGAAAGAGGUAGCAAUCCCCACUGCAUAAUGCCUUCUGCAAGACACAGUGGUGCUAAUGUAGCUGCUGGGGAAUGCGCUGAAAUUGCACAGCCUGGUGAAAUGGUUCCUCUUCCCACCUUGUCUACUCCUAUGACAAAUUCCCUGGGUUAUUCUGAGCCUCCCAUUGGCCCAUCGGAGCAGCUAACUUCCAAUCAGCCAAACCAGCAGCCUCCAUUCAUCACUUCUCCUCAUGAGCUUGCUUCCUCUCUGGUGGAAGAAGAUGAGCAGCCUUCUGAAGCAGAUGAGCCUCCAUCAGACGACCCCCUGUCAGACGACCCCUUGUCACCUGCUGAGGAGAAACUGCCCCACAUUGUUGAGUAUUGGUCAGACAGUGAGCACAUCUUCCUGGAUGCCAAUGUCGGUGGCGUGGCUAUAGCGCCUUCCCACGGCUCGGUUCUGAUUGAAUGCGCCCGGCGAGAGCUUCACGCCACGACUCCUGUUGAUCACCCCAACCGAAAUCACCCUACGCGCCUCUCUCUUGUCUUCUACCAGCACAAAAACCUGAAUAAGCCCCAACACGGUUUCGAACUAAACAAGAUUAAGUUUGAGGCGAAAGAAGCUAAGAAUAAGAAAACUAAAGCCUCCGAGCAGAAAGACCAGGCAGCUAACGAGGGUAUUGAACUGUCCACAGAAGUUAAUGAAUUUAGCCAGAUUCCUUCUCACAAAGCGUUAACAUUAACCCAUGACAAUGUUGUCACUGUGUCCCCUUAUGCUCUCACACAUGUUGCGGGGCCCUAUAAUCAUUGGGUCUGA